CAAGGGUCGAUUUCUGCUAAUGGCAUGAUUCUUGGACCUGUUCUUCUGCAAAGCAGAAGCCACUAUCCAAUUCUCAAUGCCCAAAGUAAUCAAUGCGACAGUUGAAGAGUUGGAGGCUGCUCGGAAUGAGCUCAAGGGGCUCAUUGCCAAGCUCAACAAGGGUAAGGCUGACAAGGAAGAAGUGCAGCCUCCGGCGACACGAGUUCAGAACAAUGUUGAUGACUUGACCGAGAUUGUCAAUAAGAAUGCAAAAGUUGCUGAAGAGGCAGCCUCAAAUUUCCGCCAAGAGGCGAAGGAUUACUGCGACUCCAAGACCAGCGAUGUGCGCAGUGAGGUCUUAUCGGCACUGGCCGAAGAGGAGGACGCUCGCAGCUCUGGUCAAAGUCAACUGGAAGCCCAGAUUCAGCAGCUCGAUGUCGACGUGCGAAAUGCCUUUGCCGACGAGCUGACGUCACUUUGUGUGAAGAUCGAGGAAGAGUUCGCCACAUUGCGGCAGGAGUUGACAGACCUCAUUGAGCGGAAGGCCCAAGAGGCAGCUGACCACACCAGCAGGGUUCAGACUGAGUUGUCUGCUGAGCUCGCAGAGCUUCGGAAAGAGGUCGCCGACCGAGACAGCGAGUCCCGGGCGCUUUUUGCAGACAAGCUGCAGAAACAAAAGGAUGCCAUGGAGGAGGCUCAUUGCAAGAUGAAUGCAACUGCGGAUCAGGACCGCAACAACACCAAUGCUGCAGUAGCAGGCAUUCAUGAGAUGCUUGAAGAACAUCGAAGAGCCGCAGCUAGUCAAACGCAAAGCUCAAAGGAGGAGGUCUCACAAGCCCUACAGGACUUUCAGAUGGAAUCCUGGAAGAAGUUUUCCGAAGUGGACCAACGCAAUGAUCGGCAUCAGGAUUUUCUCAAGAUGUUGGACCAGGUUCUUGCGCGGCGGGUCGAAUGGCUUCUGCAUGAAGCAUCAUCCUUGCUACCAAGCGGUGAAGAGCCAGAGCAACCGAGCUCUCCGUCGCUGCGCUAUAAAAGCUAUUUCUCACCAAAGUUCACAGCUGCAGGAUGUAGAGGAUUGCAAUUGGAGCUUCGAGUGCUCAAAGGGAGUCGCUCUCCAGGCCCAGGCGGCCCAGGUCCAGAUAACUGCAGCCUUCACUUGUGGUGCCCAACAAACACACAACUCCACGUGCGUUUCUUUGCUGGUGAGAAGUGGGUGACAAUGGAGAAGGCACAGAACCAGGAUGGACCAAUCGGUGCAAAGCGGAUGGGCCUUUUGCAGGACCACAUCAGCUUGGAAGAUGACACACUGAGAGUUGGCGUUGAAAUCCUUGAGGCCAUCCAAGAGGUUGGGGAGGAGGCAUUGGUGAAGGCGAUACAGACAGAAGAGCAAGGCUUUGUGCCGCUUGAUGAUGUAAUCCAGCCGUACGGGUCCAGUGAACUUCUUUUUCAGCGUCACAUCAAUCACAGGGUAUUGUCACAAGUGCGGAAGGAGGUGGACAAGAUGCAGUGUAAGAUGGUAAAGCGAGUGGAGUGGUUGUUGACUGAAGCCGAUCAAUUGGAACGGCAAUUCCCCCACGACCACCCGAUUUGCAGCCCGGUGUUCUCUGCCGGUGGCGUCGACGGCAUGCAGUUCAUUUUCUAUCCGCUGGGAUAUCGAGACUCGACCGAGGGCUUUUGCUCGCUGUUUCUGUACUGUCCAUCAGGCGUCAAUAUCAAGUGCAACCUGAAUGCUGGAAGCCAAAAGCGAGAUGCCAGCAACAACUUCAAAGAAGCAGGUGCCUUUGGCCGGUGCAAUUUCUGCCGACUCGACAGCGCCAUCGACACGGACACAAACACUGCCCUAUUGUGGCUUGAAAUUGAGGAACUGAUACAGGAGAGCAAGAAGACCAUGGAAGAUGAAAAGAGGAAAGUGAAGAAACCUCCUGCCCUGGAGCUCGAGAGUGCUGCCCCUGGCCCUGCAGGGAGCGUCAAGUUGGUGCGAAUCGCCAACACCGACUAUUUGACGGAGGUCAGAAGAUUACCAGCAAUGUGGACGGAUCAAAAGCUGGGAGACUUCGUGAAGAAGCCGGAGGGUUAUCGCAACUUCAAAGAGUUGGUUGGACGACAAAGGGCUCCAACUCAUACAGGAAAGCUGGUUGAUGGAGGUGCUGCAAGCGUGGGCGGUGCUACUGGACGAGGAGCUCCAAGUACUAUGACCACAGCUCGUCAGCCAGACACUGUGCGCUCCGAAUCGAUGCCAGUUUUGCGCUCUGACAGAGGUCUGGCUAUGGAUUUGACUGCCCCAGGUCCAGAUGCGCUACCUUUGCUUUGCGGGCCUCAUGGUGAGUUUGGCAGUGACCAAGGGUAUGGUUCUCCGUUGCUUUGGGCAGGGAAGUCCCGGAAGGCAAGAAGUUCCACGAGCUUUCGCCAGCGCUUCUGAGAGACACGACUUGGCCAACGCCAAGCAACGCAACGCACCAAGCAGUGCCAAGCAGUCUCACCAAAGAAUGUCACAUCGUGUCACCCACAUCGCCCCAAGAAAGAUCCGGAGAGUUUGCAGAGCAUCAGAUCAGC